UGUUAAUGUUUACGUUUGACAGCCGCACGCCCGGCCUCCGUGGCCGUGAGUUACUCCGUGGUUGCAUAUAAUGAAAAAAUCAUGAUAUUAACGUACGGUGGAAGUGAAGAUCGUCUCACAGGAUCGCAGAUCUGUGAGGUUCCCGUUGCACACUUACUUUCGAAAAACUGUAUGCCGCGGUCGCUCGCCAGAGUGUCUGUGCUUGGAAAAGCGUACUUGUGCGUCGUCUACCCGCAUCGUUACACAAGCGACGUUGCCUACGUCGACAGAACAGUGGAACUUCCAAUUAACAGCAACGUUACUACAGAUAACACUGUUCAUGUCGAACUUCUGGGUAAAAGCCAGCCUGCCGACAGCGUUGUUGUCACGGUCGUGCUUCAGUCUGCUCAUGACUUGAUCAAGUGGCAUGGGAUCCGUAGUGAGCGAUUUUCCUACUGGCUGUCCCGAAUUUUAAGAAAAUAUUACGUGAAAAGCGGGUCGACAUUUGUUUGCCCUUCUAAUCGACCCCUCUCGAGAUUAUGUGCGGUGCAUGCGAUCGUCCUCGACCAAGUCUCGCCGUCGGCUGACGCCUGCAGAGUGACUAGUAACACUAAACUAACGAUUGCACGCGUCACCUACAACUCUGACGUGAUCAACCGCAUGCUAUUCUCAGACAUCUGGGAGCAGACAUUGCGAGAACCGACGGCACUACUUGGGAAGUUGUGCAUGUUUCCACAUAAAUAUCCCAAGACCCUCGAGGCGGUCGGGUUGCGACUGCACCGUGGAAUUCUCCUAACGGGACCUCCGGGCACUGGUAAGACUAGCGUCGUUCGCCAUGUGGCUCAGAAGUGCGGCGCUCACUUAUUGACCGUCAAAGGACCAGAGCUAUGUCGUUCGGCUCCUGGAGAAAGCGAAGCCCUGCUUCGAUCCAUCUUUCUGGAAGCUGCGACGCUCAGCGAAGUACUGCCUUGCAUCGUGCUAAUAGAGGACGUGGACCUUCUCUGUGUCAGGAGAGGGUCAACUUCAUCGCACCACACCAACAGGCUGGUCACACAGUUGCUCACGCUCAUGGAUGGCAUGGAAGACAGGAGGCGCGUUUUCGUUGUCGCCACGACGACACGUCCGAAUAGCAUCGACCCGGCCAUGCGGCGGCCGGGACGCUUCGACAAGGAGUUGUUGAUUGGUGCAUUGUCAACUCAAGAGAGAACUGACAUCAUGAGGACAGUUGGAAGCCAAUUAGGCUUUGACUUGAGCCAUCUUGUGCUGCCAACAGCUGGCUUUGUCCUUGGAGACAUGAUGACUCUUCUUCGAGAGUCUCUGAUGGCCGCCAUAAAGCGAACUCCUUCAAGUGACAAUGAGGCACUCAUUACAAGCGAAGACUUCCAAGCAGCUCUUACAACAGUUCAGUCCAACUUAAACAGUCGUCUUGAGUUUGCAGUUGAAGUAGUUCCUCGAUUUUCUUGGAAACAACUUGGAGGCAUUGAAUGCAUAAGAAAGAAACUUCAAACAGCUCUGGAGGGCCCUCUGCUGAACCCAGCAGCAUUUGGGCGUCUUGGAGUGUCCCAGCCAAGAGGUGUACUGUUAGUGGGACCUCAUGGAUGUGGCAAGACUGCCAUUGCUCUUGCGGCUGCCAGUAGCUGUCCAGGCUUCACACUCUUUUCGUUGGGAGCAGCUGAUGUCUACUCUCCUUUCGUCGGGGAUUCUGAGAAAGUUGUGUCUGCAGUUUUUCGACAAGCAAGGCUUCGCGCACCUAGUGCGAUCUUCAUGGAUGACUUGGACACUCUAGUUGGUCACAGAUCUGGCGAGCAUUCAGGGGCACAAGAACGCAUUCUCUCUGCACUGUUGUGUGAGAUUGAUGGGAUUGGUACUGGAGUGCUUCAAAAUACUGGGCGUGUUCAGGAACAGCUAAACGUCGUCUUGGUAGCUACAACAUGCAAUCCUGAUGCUGUUGAUGAAGCAUUACUGAGACCUGGAAGAUUUGACUUAAUUGUCUAUGUUCCACCACCAGAUGCUCAAGCUCGAGAACAGAUCCUGAAAGUUUGUACUGCAAAAAUGUCGCUAGGAGAUGUGAAUUUGAUGUCCCUUGCUAAAAGAACCGAGUACUUCACUGCAGCCGACGUUGUUCACCUUUGUCACAUGGCUGGCCUGCAAGCUAUGAGGGAACUUGGGUUUAAUGCACCUUGUGUAGAACAGCGCCAUUUUGAAGAAGCUCUUAGCAGCACAUUUCCAUCACUAUGCCCGCAGAAAGUUGAGGAGCUGCGGCAACGGUGUGCAAAGUUCUGUUUAGUUACAUAACGAACCAGAUCAGUUCAUAGU